UACCAUGAAAUAAAUGUAUUCAGAGUAAAAUGUUUAUUGAUAUGACAUGUGGCAACUCCAAUUUCAAGUAUUGGAUGAAAACUUUAUAGAAUAUUUUACAUGGUGUUAACAUGCUAAUAGUGAACAAAGAAUAUUCAGCAUUAUGAAUCUCUGUGUCUUGUAUUUUCAAAUGAUAAAAUGUGUCGUUGAAAUGUAUACAAAAUUAUAUUAGUCGUGGAAUUUCAUAAUAUCUAUAAGUGCUUCUGCAUAUUUUAAAGUACAGAUGGACUUUCCUUAAUUGUAUCUGUCAAAAGCUUGUGAUCAAGAUGAUUGCUGGUGGGAAGAAUUAUUCAGUGAUAUUCAUUGGUAAUGAUCAGAUGCCUACAAGAGCUGUAGGUAAUGGGUGUAAUGUCAGCAAGUUAGCCACAAACAGGUCACUGUUACAUUCUAUAAAACUUAAUUUCAUGGUGCCUCCUGCACAUCUGCCACAUCGAAUUUUUGUAUCACUAGUUCCUCCCUUCUUCGGUGAACAAUACAGACAUGUAUAUGUCGACUUAUUGGGUCCAAGUAUUGCUUUACUUCUAAUGGCAGGUAUCUUACAUUAUGGUCAUGUCUCAAAGCUGCCUUCAGCUGCUUCAAAUACAACACCUACCGAGGUGCUACUUCUCUAUGCUGUGUUGAUGCCAGUAGCAGUAUAUGUCCUCAGUUGGCUUUGUCAUGCUGCAGUAUCACUUACUCAGAUGAUAGCCUUGCUAGGAUAUGCUAUGUUUGGACAUGUCUUCACUCUUGCUAUAUCAUUGUUAUUUAAUCAAGAAGAGAGCAAUGCUUUCUUCUUCUUUUUCUUAGUUAUAUUUGGUGGGCUGAGUGCUCUUAGGGUUGCACUGGUCUUGCUAGCAUUGAUCAUAUCACCUGCAGCACGUCUUAUUGUAUGUAGUCUUGUAGCUACAGUACACCUUCUGUCUUUAGUGUUUCUUCAUUUUGCUUACAUGCACAAAACAUUUGUAUAUGGAGCAGCUGAUUUAAUAGACAGAGAUGUGUAAUUCCCCUUUUACAUGUAUUCUGGGUGUGCACACCAUUGUAGAGCUGAGAGAGAUUUGCACAUAACGAACUCAGUGCCAAGAAGCCAGUUCCGGUUUUUCCAUGUCAUCCUUAUUCUGCAAAGGAGGAACGUGCUGACAUUCUGCUUCUCUGCAGGCCUAAAAACAUUAUAGUACCAAUCUGAGUUGUGAAAAGAAUGCCAGCUGCAGUCUGAUAGACCAGUUCUUACAGCAGUCACUGUGAAGAAUACUUCACUGUUAACAGCUAGAACAAAUCUGUAACAAUCAAAACAAUGUUACAUUGCAUCACAAUAUAAAUGUUGAUAUGUGUUCAGUUAAAUGUUUGCUUUUGCUGAGGCUUGUAAAAACAUGCUUGUGACAUACAUAAACUGUGAUCAUUUAGUGAGAAGUCAUAAAAUCCUCAUCACAUGAGACUGGUGAAAGAAAACUGUUGUGUGUGCAUGAAAUUUCUUUUUAUGUCUCAAAGAAGGAAAAAAGUAUGUCCAAUAAAAUGCAGAGAUACUGUGUUAGAUUCCAUGAUGGAACAGGUUGGCAAGGCAAGCAGUUCCCUUGGAAGUCAGUGCAGGGUGUCUGAGAAGUGAAGCUGAAAGUUAACUAGUACAUUCAUUGAUAAGUACACAGAGUUAAUGCAGAGAAACCCAGCUGAUAAACAGUAAUUGCCUGCGUAAGUGAGGGCACCAGGUGACUUCUAAUAGGAGACUAAUCUGUUCCACACAUGGACACAGGUUGCCUCUAGUAAUUUAGGGGUAGCAGUUGCUAGUUAUUUAUACAGAUUUGAGAGUGAUGCUGACUUUAAAGAUGUUUCUCAAAUAAAUGUUACAAAUAGUUACAAAAUAAUGGUCUUUUAUGGACCUUUACACAUCUCAGUACUGGGUCAUUGUGUAUACAAACCUUGACUUGUUGCUGUCACAUUAGCCAGAGGGAAUGUAGCUUCAAAUAAUAUUCUGUUUCUGUAAGUUAAGUUGUUUACAGCUAAGGGUUUGAAAUAACAGCAAGAGAGUACUGAUUACAAAACUGUUACAAAGUGAAACAAUAAAUUUAUCCUAAACCUCUUCCUGUAUGAAUAUCAAACCAAUACAUAUGUAAUGGUUAAUUAAUGUAUAAUGAUUAUACACACAACUGUAGUUGCAUCCACAAUGGAAAAUAAAUUUGAAAUGACA